AUGGCCUCAUCAGAGUAUGACACCGUUGAAGUAGUAUCUCUUCCACCGAAGCAUUUCGGCGACGGCAGCAAAAAUGCAUGGCCGAAGGAGCAUUACUGGGAGGUAGUCAGUGACGUACUCUACAGGCAGAAGUUGGCUACAAUGUGGAUACAAAAGACGGGGAAACUCGUUAAAGGCAAACAAUACGUUCUCGAUAGAAUGCCCGAUGACUAUGCUCUUCUGCAACGGCCAGGAUUUACCGACCCUACUGCACGAGCCAAAUUCCUUUACGGUCAUCCAUCUGGUGGCUAUUAUAACUCUCCUAAUCAAUUUUUUACACAUUUUAACUGGCUUAUGAGCGGUGGACUUGAUUCUUGUCCCUGUGAAUGCUGCAAGAAGCUAAAACAGCCUGGCACUAGGCUAACGCCAGGCCUCACACAAAGCUCAAGAGGCAGGCCUUUGAAGGUUCCCAAGACGGGACCUCCUACAUCGCCCAUGGAUUCCGAGGGAAUUCCCGAUGUUUUUCGGGAAGCAAUAAUUAGACUAAAACAGGUAGGAGAAAUGGACGAAUCCAUACGUGAACCCCAAAGUAUGGAUUGGCGAGCGGAGAAUAAGCUGCUUCGCGAGCAGAUUGUCCGACUUGGCUUACAGAGCUCGUAUAUCCCUCGAGUUGGUGAGGUAGUAUUGUGGAUACCGCAAAUGGGCGGUGAGCUAAGAUAUGAUGAUGAGUCCGGUACUCAUCGGAUAUAUUCAACUAAAGAUUCUCGAUUCAAAAACAUCCCUGAGUGGAGAGCCGGGAUAAUCGGCGAGACGCCGGACAAGGAUCCUGUUGUUCUAGAAGACCUCAUUGAAUCGACCCCGAAACAAUGGGCCGUGAACUACUCUGGGUUUCGUGUCGAGACAUUUCCCGAUCCAAACAGUGACGAAAAAAGUGCUUUAUUACAAUAUAAAUACGUUCAUAUUCACGCUAUUCGAUCAUUUUACUCGUGGCCCAUAUACCUCAAAGGGGUUCCCCAAGAAAGCUGGCAUCCGUCAAUCAAACAUGCCAUGACUAUCAUGUCAUCUCUAUCUCUUAUUGACAGAUACCACUUUAAAGGAAAAUGGCCUAACGCGUCAGUUUACUGUCGCGGUAUGUUUAUCGGCCCAGAAAUGAUUAUCGUCGGCGAUGCAGUGCGUCUGAAGCCGAAAGGGGCCAGGCUAGACAGAGACCUGCCCAAUGUUACAGAUGUCAUGGUCAUUGAUCGUAUCGAGUUCAAACUGAUUUCAUGUAUUGAUGAUCAACAAUCGUCACUUCUUGCCGAAAAACAUGCAUUACGUGUGCGCGGCAAAGUUUACAGUGUUUCUCCUACCAAGGCGUAUCGUAAGCCCAAUGAAUAUGCACCUCUUCCUCUCAGUCGGCAACAAGUAAUCAACGCUUUUCAGCAAGCUGGAAUGACCGAAUACGGACCAUGGUACCAGACUCACAAGUUUGGCACUUCAGUGGAAGUCUCGCAGGACAUGAUUAUCGGUCGCUGCUUUGAACCACCAGCGAUGGAACUUCUUUUCGGCAAUUUAUUUCUAGGUUUUGAUUUAUACGGCAUGCUAGCUAGCCGGGACUGGUCUCGAAGAUCCGACAACCGAAUGUUAGAAGGACAGGACUGGUUUUGGGCUGAUUACCGCACACAAGCGCUUGCAAUCGAUACCCUGAAUGGCGAAGACGUCGGUCGCUAUUCUGAUGCACGCGAUUGCAAAAUGUGGAAGGGCGUCCUUAAUAUUAUUGACGGGAAUGCCUCUCAGCAUGAUUAUGAGAUUGCUAAACUCCCCCGCACUGCAGGCCGUCCUUCCAUCAAGGCAAAAUCCCGGUUCUCAAAAGUUCAAAAAAUGAGCUCUCUUGUUAGUAGUGGGUUACAUAUGGAUACCAGUGCCAACGUCAGCUCGACAGAUGAUUCGGGAGAAGGGUCUUCUGACGAAGAUGGGGAUCAAACGAUGGCUAUUCAUCAUGCCACAUACACAUAUGAUAGAACCAAUGAAGGUGAUGAAAUCGAAGACAGGGAUAUUAAUGAUCAUGCCCGAAGAGCCAGUUUUCCUAUACAUCUUCCUAUUCGAGGUACAUCUGAAUCCCCUCGAACAGGCCAAUUAAAACGACCUAGAAUUGUUUUAUAA